UUUAAGUUGUUCUGACAUCGAUCUAUGAAGGGAAUAGUUAUUGAAAAAGCGGGAGGGCCAGAUGUGUUGAAGCUGGUGGAAUUAGAUGACCCGCCACUUGGAGAUGACGACGUCUUAAUCAGGAUUGCAGCCACGGCGGUGAAUAGAAUUGAUUUGCAAUGUAGAUUAUUCGGCUCCAGAAAUUCGUUUAAUGGUGGUUUGUACAUCCCUGGGUUGGAGUGUUCUGGAAUUAUCAUAGCUGUUGGCCAAGGGGUUACUGAGUGGAAAGUUGGUGACAAAGUGUGUGCCCUUCUCAAUGGAGCGGGGUAUGCUGAGCAAGUAGCAGUAUCUGCUAAGAUGGUUCUUCCUGUUCCUUCAAAUGUUCCACUUACACAUGCUGCAAGCUUGCCGGAGGCUGCUCAUAAUGCUUGGAAAGUUAUAUCUGAAGCUCAACUAGUACGAGGAAGAAAGUUAUUGUUGCAUGAGUGCUGUGGUUAUGUUGGGUUAUUUGUCCUUCAGAUGGCAAAAUGCAAAGGCGCAGUGGUGUAUGUCACUGCAGAGACUGAUGAAAAGCUGGAUUUCUACAAGCGUCAUGGUGCUGAUAUUUGCAUUAACUGCAAGAAUGAAGAUCUUGUCACUCGAGUGAUGGAGGAAACCAGAAAGAAAGGUAUCGAUGUUGUUGUAGACAGUUGGGCUGUCAACUUGGAAAAAGAUCUAAAAAUCUUAAGCCAUUGGGGAAAACUGCUUUUCGUUGACUUACACGGUCCCAAGGGUGGAAACUUGUAUUUAACAGCAGUAAUGACUAAGCAGGCAAGAGUUCAAGUGCUUAACAGAUGGUGGAAAACUUUAGAUAGAGCAGCGUGUAUUGUUGAUCAUCUGAAGAAAGAAGUAUGGCCAGAGAUUGAAAACGGAUCUGUGAAACCUGUGGUGUACGAAACAUUUCCACUGUCUGAAGCAGCAGCUGCUCACAAGCUUAUGGAGCUUACAGACUAUGGGCAGCAUAUGUGGUCUGUUAUUGGAUAUUUUGUGCCAUGGCUGGGACACUAUGCCUGUACUGGCAAGGUAGCUGGACAUGUUAUGGGAAAGAUUUUGCUUACGCCUGACUUUGAAGAGUCCUGAACAUCCAGCACGGCAUGGAUGCCAUGGGAAAGAUGUUGGGAAUGUUCAGAUUGAUCAACAAAUUACUUGAUCUCCAUUCUUGCGGUGAAACUUCAAGAGGGAACUUUCUCAGAGCUAGUUUUAGCUUAGUGGAAUUUUAUCUACCUUCUUGGGUUGUUUGGUUGAAGCAUGCGUUUCAGUGUUCACUGGUAAAAGGUAUUUGUGGCUGCGUUUUGUAAAGAGGGUGCAACAGUUAUACUACUUGAGACAUGGAUGAAUAUUAUCUUUGUCGAUCUGUACCUUUUUUUUUUUUCCUGGUGAUACACUAUUUGCUUACUAUAAAAGCUACGUGUAGUAUCGUCAUCACUCAAUUUAGCUAA